AUGUCAACCACCGAAGAGGGCAAUGGCAAUGCCUACAACAAUUACUCCUUAACAGAGACAGCGAGGGGCAGUCCAAAUGAAUUAUGUCCAAAUUCGGGUGACCACGCGCCCGCAGCACCUGCACCACCCGCAUCUGCUGCGCAACCCCUCUCCAAGCAGGCAACCCACAUCUACACCGUCUCCUAUUUAAUCUUCUUCUCAUUUCUGGGCACACUAGCCCGCCUAGGCCUACAAGCCCUGACAUUCUACACAGGCGCCCCUGUCGUGACAGGGGUACUAUGGGCGAAUGUCGGCGGAAGCCUGGUAAUGGGAUUCCUAAGUGAAGACCAGAAUUUAUUCCGCGAAGAGUGGGGCAAAACAGCAGCCAAGGAACCAGCUUCAGACCCAGUCGAGAAUGAGGCCAAGAUUAGGAAAGAGAAACACAAGGCCGUGAAGAAGACCAUCCCUCUAUAUAUUGGUCUAACGACUGGGUUCUGCGGUUGUUUCACCUCAUUCUCAACAUUUAUCCUUGAUGUCUUUCUCGCCCUUGCAAAUGCACUUCCAGAUCCGUCGCUGUCUACCGGAUCACACAUCGCAUCUCGUAAUGGCGGGUAUAGUUUCAUGGCCCUGGUCGCUGUGAUUCUACUCAACGUGUCGCUGAGCCUGUCGGCGCUCAUCGUCGGCGCGCAUCUUGCCCUCGCUCUAACACGCGUAACACCCACCGUGCCCUCCACGUUCACGCGACGGUUUCUUGACCGUGUUGUCGUUGUGCUUGCGUGCGGAUGCUGGCUCGGAGCCGUGUUCUUGGCUAUCUGGCCACCAGACCGACAUAAUGGCCCGGAUGUGUGGCGCGGUCGGGCGGUGUUUGCUCUUGUCUUUGCACCGCUUGGCUGUCUUCUUCGGUUCUAUGUCUCGCUGCAUCUGAAUAGUAGGAUUCCGACUUUCCCGCUCGGCACAUUCGUGGUUAAUAUAUUUGGCACUAUCAUUGAGGGUCUUUGCUAUGACUUGCAGCAUGUUAGUGGUCUUGGAGCUGUAGUUCCUGCUGCUCUGACGGGUUGCCAGGUGCUGCAGGGUGUUAUGGAUGGAUUCUGCGGGAGCACGACUACUAUCAGUACUUGGGUUGCUGAGUUGAAAGGACUGUCUCAUCGGCGCUAUGCGUAUAUAUACGGAAGUGCGAGUGUGCUUGUCGCGCUUGGGUUUUUGGUUAUUAUCAUGGGCUCAUUGUUGUGGACGCGUGGAUUUGACGAGGCUGUGUGUGGAUAG